AGGAGCUGCUGCUGGUGACACAACAAGGAUCCUCCUGAAACUCAGGCCUGACAAAUAUGUACUUUAUAUUUCUGCCAUGAAAGCUCAGAUUGAAAUCAUUCCCUGUAAAAUCUGUGGAGACAAAUCUUCAGGGAUUCACUACGGGGUUAUCACCUGUGAGGGCUGUAAGGGUUUCUUCAGACGCAGUCAGCAGAGUAACGCCACCUACUCGUGUCCUCGCCAGAAAAACUGUCUGAUCGACCGAACGAGCCGAAACCGCUGCCAGCACUGCCGUCUGCAGAAAUGUCUGACUGUGGGCAUGUCCCGAGACGCGGUGAAGUUCGGUCGCAUGUCGAAGAAGCAGCGGGACAGUUUGUACGCUGAGGUUCAGAAACACCGGCUCCAGCAGCAGCAGCAGCAGCAGCAGCAGCAGGGGCCCCUCCUCAUGUCCCACCCCAGCCUCAACAGCCCGAGCCCCGGGGACGCCGAGCCGCUCUCCCCCCAAUACGGCCUCUCCUCCGGCGGCCUCACUGAGCUCCCUGAUGAACUCGGGGGCUACAUGGAGCAGAACUCCCCCGAAGGAGGAUCUGUCUCAUCCAAGACGGACUCUGGAGGGGAGGGAGGAGGAGGAUUGUUCUACCUGGACAUUCAGCCCUCACCUGACCAAUCAGGACUGGAUAUUAACGGCAUCAAACCGGAGCCACUUUGCGACUACGGGUCCGGAAACGGCUUCUUCCCAUACUGCUCCUUCACCAAUGGAGACACGUCGCCCAGCGAGUCCAUGACCGAACUGGAUCAUCUGGUCCAGAUCAUCUCCAAAUCUCACCUGGAGACGUGUCAGUACCUGAGGGAGGAGCUGCAGCAGAUGAGCUGGCAGAACUUCCUGCAGGACGAGGUGCAGAGUUACCAGAGCAAGCCGAGGGAGGUGAUGUGGCAGCUCUGCGCCGUAAAGAUCACCGAGGCGAUCCAGUACGUGGUGGAGUUCGCCAAACGCAUCGACGGCUUCAUGGAUCUCUGCCAGAAUGAUCAGAUCGUGCUGUUGAAAGCUGGAUCUCUGGAGGUCGUCCUCGUCCGGAUGUGUCGAGUGUUCGACUCGCAGAACAACACCGUUUUCUUUGAUGGGAAAUUUGCAGGUCCUGACGUCUUCAGAGCGUUAGGUUGUGAUGAUUUGAUCACGUCGGUGUUUGACUUUGCUAAGAGCUUGUGUUCACUGCACCUGAUGGAGGACGAGCUUGCUCUCUUCUCAGCGUUCGUUCUGCUCUCGGCAGACCGCUCUUGGCUGCAGGAGAAGCUGCAGGUGGAGAAGCUGCAGCAGAAAACUGAGCUGGCUCUGCAACACGUCCUGCAGAAGAACCACAGAGGAGACACAGUUAUUUACAAGAUGUAAAGUGGCAGCGCUGCGUUCGCUGUGCAGUCGGCACU